GAGGUGGCACUGGCAGUUUCUCGAGUGAGAGAGAGGCGAUCGUUUUUCGCGGCUCUCACAAUAACAGCGUCGCGUUUCAUUUUCCACGUUCUCCCCGGCGGGAGAACGGCGACGCGACGUAACGCCACGCGACGACGGCGACGACGACGACACGCGCCGCGGUGCCCGGUCGCGGAAGAAAGAGAGACUCGCGCGUGAGAAGAGAAGAGGCUGUUGCUGUUGCUGUUGCUGUUGGCAUAAACAUGUUACGUUCGCGCGGCGGCGGCAACGGCAGCGAGAGGAGAACGUACGUCGUGCGCCAACCGGGACCACGGACCGCCGUCGCUGCCAAAUAAGUCCGCGCGCGCGGCACGAACAUGGCCUCGUCUACGAGGAGGUCCUGGAAGCUCCAGGAAUUUGCCGCCCAUACGCCAAACGUCAAUUGCUUGGCGUUGGGCCACAAGUCGGGUCGUGUCCUGGUCACUGGCGGUGAUGAUAAAAAGGUGAACCUAUGGGCCGUUGGCAAGCAGAAUUGUAUUAUGAGCCUGAGUGGCCACACUACUCCCAUAGAAUGCGUACGCUUCGGUCAAACGGAAGACCUUGUAUGCGCCGGUUCGCAGACGGGCGCGCUGAAAAUUUGGGACCUGGAGCAUGCCAAACUAGCGCGCACGUUGACAGGACACAAAUCCGGGAUACGUUGUAUGGACUUCCAUCCUUAUGGGGAGCUGCUGGCAUCUGGUAGUUUGGACACGGCGAUCAAAUUAUGGGAUAUCCGUAGAAAGGGCUGCAUUUUUACAUACAAAGGGCAUAACAAGACUGUAAAUAGCUUAAAGUUUAGUCCUGAUGGACAGUGGAUUGCCAGUGCUGGUGAGGAGGGAAUGGUCAAGCUGUGGGACCUAAAGGCUGGUAGACAACUAAGGGAAUUUUCAGAACACAGAGGGCCGGCAACGACCGUCGAGUUCCAUCCGCACGAAUUCUUAUUAGCCAGCGGUAGCGCGGACCGAACGGUCCAUUUCUGGGACUUGGAGUCGUUUCAGCUCGUAUCUUCCACGGAACAAAGUCAUUCUUCGGCCAUCCGGUGCCUGUACUUUAGUCAAGGCGGAGAAUGCUUAUUUGCCGGUAGCCACGACGUUUUAAAGGUUUAUGGCUGGGAACCGGGCAGGACCCUGGAUACGAUACCGACCGGUUGGGGAAAAGUCCAGGAUAUAGCCGUAGCUCAAAAUCAAUUGAUCGGCGCGAGUCUUCAUACCGCGAAUGUCCUCCUGUACGUGUGCGAUUUGAAAAAAAUUGCUCCGCUGGGAGGAAUAUCUGCUGUGAGUUCGCCGUUUAGUCACGGAAAUUCCCUGAGAAAGAGCUUCUCCAGGGAACGACCAAUCGGGUUGAAAAAACAUACAUUGGAUGUACGAACGAUAGAGGAGGCGGACAAAUCCGGCACUGAUCCGGAGGAUGAGGCCACCUACGCGGUUAUACCCAACGUAACCGAUUACAGGGACAUAUUUCAACCGAGCAGGGCGUUGUCUCGCACACCACCUCCCGAACCUCCUGAGGCUUUCCAGGAGCCUCACGAUGUAGAUCCAGCGCAGCCACAAAUACUGCAAAAUCUCUCUACCUCAGUGUCGAACCUGAACACGAUGGAGCGCGAGGAGGUGCCAUCGUUGCCAUCUCCCUCUUCGCCGUCCCCGCCGUCAGUGCCCGCGGUGUCUCUGACGAAGCCAGUGCCGGUACGCGUUCAGCCAAUUAAGUCCUCACCACCGGUGCAGAGAAACUCAAUCACGUCGACGAGUCAGAUCAGGGCGAAUCUGCAAGCGAACAACGGGCUGAAUCAACGAGGGUCCAAGAAUUUUGCGUCGAUACCGCCGUUGCGGCAAAACAUUACGCCGUUUCCGGGGAAGAGGGUGGUAGCCACUAAUGAACAUACGGCGCCGGCGCCACCCUUAGGACCACAAAGGUCGAAUUCGACUCUAACACCGCGUGUCGCACCGAUGGCCGCGGUGAUCCCCGUGAUGGACGACGGCAAGCUGAAGAACAGAGUACCCAGCCCGGAUUCCCCGAAGCACUACCUAAAGAGGCAGAGCAGCAGGGACGGCGAACAAGGAUACGAAAGCGACUACCCUGUACAAAUUAAUAUAAAACACAGUCCUUCGGAUCCUGCGCUGAAUAGGCCGAAUACGGCGCAGUCGAGGUCGACAUCGCUCAAUCGAAAUUUCGCUACCCCAACCGCAUUGUCGGCGCGCAACGCUUCCACGACCACGAGGAAACUACCUAAUAAAGCUCAGAUUUCACCGAAUCCCAAGGUCGACAUACGCGUCGCGCAGAUAAGGACCAACGUCGAGGAUGCGGAGAAAGAGGAAUUGGUACCUAUGAGCGCCGAUAAGCCUUAUGGCUUGGACGUGGAAAAUUUCUUACCGCACAGUUAUACCGGUUCCACGGCUCUGGGUUAUCCCCAGAUGGGCGUGCUGACGGAAAUGUCGGAAGCCGAGGUGUUGAACAGUAUGAUGCGCAGCCAUGACUCGAUGAUGGCGGUACUUAAAAGUCGGCAUCGCUCAUUACAGAUAAUAUAUUCCCUCUGGCACAAUAAGGAUAUGAAGGCUGCGGUGGAAUCUGCAGUCGCGAUGAACGACUUGGCGGUCAUCGUGGAUCUUCUGGGUAUUCUCAUAUUAAAACCCAGAACGAUGUGGAACUUGGACCUGUGCAAUUCCUUAUUGGGUCCUAUUAGCGAUCUCUUUCAGAGUAAAUACGAAAUGUAUAUAACGGUAGCUUGCUCGGCACUGAGACUUAUCCUUCGUAAUUUUGCCCCGGUGAUAAAAUCCAACGUGGAGGCACCUCUUCACACGAUCGGUGUCGACGUGUCGCGAGAGGAACGGUACCACAAGUGCCUUUCCUGCUAUGAGAAGCUCACGGCGAUACGGGCGGUUCUGCUGAAGAAACAGUCGACGCCCGGCAAACUCGGCGCCUCGUUCCGCGAACUGGCAGUGCUCAUCAGGAGCCUCGAGUGACCUCGAAAGCGGUGUCGUCUGAGACCCUCGUGAAUUUGACCGCCAGUAUUGUCGUCGAUCGGACGACCAUCGGUUUCCUCUCGACAAUCGGCUUAGCAACGGCGAAACGAGGACCGCGUUGUGCCUGUUAAACGGAACCGAAACAAAACUCCGUUGAGGAGUAGCAACAAGAUUACGGUCCGCCAUCGAGGAAGUGUCCGUGAAAACAUGUUCCUGCUGUUGCUGUCGCCUUCUUCCAUCGUUCUCGAUCGAUUCGCUUGCCGAUCGUCUCCUCCUCGUCAUUGUUCCCCGCAGUCGCGCAUCGAUUCUCAGAGAAAGCGAACAAAAAAAUUGCAAAAGACGUUUGUUAUUUAGUCGGACUAGUCGUGCGAUUUGUCAUUAUUGAUAGAGAAAAAAGAAAGAUAAGAAGCGUCGGCGAAGGCAAAGAAAGGAAGAAAUCUAUAUGAAGAAAAGUGUGCGGAGUUAAAUGACAGGCGGGUGAAAGCGAGGAAGGAUUGUCGCCAAACAUAUCUAAUAUUAUACUGAAACAUCAGGAUUAAACAUCGAUUUUAUCUGUCUUAAAAAACGCGUAGAUCUCUAAAGGAUUUUAGAACUUUUUCUUCUUGAUUUUUUAGAAAUUAAAAUUGUCAAUUAAAUUGUUUUUUGGGGAAAUCUAGAAAUAUAUUCUUGUUAUUAAUGUGAAAUUUUUAAAACAUAAGAGUACAUAUCGCAGUUUUUAAAGAACUAUUUAAAUUGAAUAGAAUGAUUCACGAGAGGAAAGUAUGCAAAUUAAACUCGCUUUUUCUAUUUAAAGUACUCGUAUCUCUACGCGUGUCAAUUAAAGAUUUUUAAUUUUAUAAACAAAACAGUAACGAAAUAAGAAUAAGAAAUGGAUUCGCCAAAUCCCGAUGCAUCAGUAUAUCGAUUUCCGAUUCGCGUGGAAAUUAGCCGGGGAACGUUCCGAGUGAGCGUCGAUUCGUUCGCGCAGCACAAAAUAAAGUCUCGCUGAACGAUGUUUUGCGCCCUUCUUGCCAGAGAUUACACACCUAUUGGAAGUUUCAACUCAAGGUUGAAUCGGCCUCAAGGUCCAAGGAGACGAUGAGCGCGACGACGAUUGAUACGAUUCAGCGAAUAAAACGAAGUGUAACAUAGUGUAUAACACACUUUCCUUAGUGUACGAAAGAAACUGUAUUUUUCCAAGAGGUAUUUGCGUCUGUUUACUAAUAAAACAAGCCUAACGUAAGCGUAGAUACCCCACGGAGACAAAGUCGUAAGAUGUGAUAGGUGGUGAGAUGCGAAAGAGCCUAAACGAGAGCUUGUACGCGCUUGUAAAGGACGGGAAAAGGGUUGGGAAUUGGAACGGGAAAAGCGCCUGUCGACAAACGAUUAGUUUUUUUUAUAUUCACGUUUAAAUUAUUCUUUUUACAAUAGCGCGGGUGGAUCGUGAACUGUAUUUGCGUUUCGACGUUUGCGAUUAUCUAAUAUUUCACAGAACUAAAUAUAAAAAUGUUGUUAAUGAAGCGUCGGUGCGGUGUUGCUAUUAUAUAAGCGCCAUAAAGGUGCUUUUUUUUAAAGAUUUCCGAACAAUUUUUUAUACUCUAUUUUUGUCGCCGAAUGAACGUUUUAAUUCGCACGCGGAAAGUACGACGGAGCGAAGUGAAUACACCCUGGAGACAAUAGACGCAAGAUAUUUGUCUCUUCGUAUUUUACAUUUUCGUGUUUCGCGACAUGAUUAACAGGCAGUGACUGUGCAAAGAGAUCAAACCAGUAUUAAUUUAAGCGUUGCACUGAUUAACGUGUUGUAACGUUAAGGGAAGAGCAAUCUAUAUUUUCAUAUUUCAUGCAACAAAAGUCGGAUCAAGUAUUAUCCGAAACAGUAUUUAUCGCGGAAGUAUUUUUUAUACAGAAUUUAUCAUAUUUUUGCGCAUUUUUUAGCGCCCAGCUGUGGCUCUCGUAUAUAAUUCUGGGUCUUUACUGCCUAACGUACAUGAGAGAAUCCACUUCGCGAAAUAUUUUUGGAAUUCAAAUUGCGACGAGAGGAAUGAAACAUUGCUGCCUUUUAAUCUCGUCGCGAUAACAUUUUCCGUAUAUCACGACUUUUUAUAAUCCGCUCUUGGAAGUUUAUAAUAUUCCUCUGUGUUAUGGUGAUCAUGUUAUGCGAGUUGCAGUAAUAUAGGUGAUCAAUUGGAAAAGAUUGAGAAGGUAACUGCAGCUAGGAACCCUCUUCGCAUUCAUGUUUUUCGUGUUUUUUUUUUUUAUCGUCGUCAGAAUAGUUCAUUUUUUACUGCUGACUUUAUGUGUUUAAUUUAAAAUAUUUAAAUCCGUUAAUUAAGUCACGUCUUCUGUUAAUCGAGUCGAUCGUUCAACUUUCCCUUCCAACGAGAGGCGAUCCUAAUAUCGCAACCAAUGAAGAGGAUUAUUUAUUAUAUAGAUCGCAAUAUUGUGCGCAGCGAGACUCACAUUCACGUUCUCUCGUCCUCGAGGAAAAGAGAACACAUGCGCGUUGUUGUCACGAGAAUGAGACGGCGGAAGCGGUGCCCCAAGAGAUAUAGAUAUUACAACUUUCGACACAUUGCCUCGAAGUAUUAUGUAAUAAAGCGUACAACUCUUUCGUUAAUUUUACGUCUCACGUGUUCUUUCUUUUUUUUUCUUUUUUGUACAGCGCGUCGUCUACCACAUGCCCCCGCAACAAUACUCUUUCGCGUUAGGAAAAAGAAAAAAACAUUUCCAUUAGAAAUCCAUAAAAAAAUUGAUGACCACGUUAAAGAGAAUAAAAUCAUUUCGAUUUGUUCGUGACGCUAGAAUACAUUAGAGAAAUAUAAUGCACAAAAAGCAGAAAUCAAAGGGAACGGACGGAAUUUUCGAGAUGGAGACACAACGAGAAUUAUUUAUAAGAUUUGGUGGGAAAUCCACUAUUUUCCACGGAAGCGGAAAACUUUGACGGCAAGAGCCGUGAAAGGUGAUUUGUUUUCUAUUUUUAUACGGGUAUAAAUUCUCAUUGUAUUCAUCCUCUCGAAUACUUUUGCAUUGUCCUCGGGUUGCGAGAAUCACUUUGCACUUUGCUUAAUGCCAUCUAAUAGCACUCUUAGCACGGAUAGACUUUUCGCGAAUUGCAGUCUGCCAAGCGUCUUUUCGCGGAAUGAGGGCGAGGGAAGAGGAGCUCAAGCCUCCAGCCGGAGGGCCUAAAAAAACGGUCGCCUUCGAAACGGGGGUAAGAAAAUUUACGAGGAUACUCGUCUGUUCCGUCCAACUUAUUUUUGUAAGGGAGAAGGAGAGUGUGAGAAGAAUAAAAAUAUGAGAGAGAAAGAGAGAAUGCAUCCCGUGUGCGUGUGCUCUUCGAAUGCUCCUGUAUAAACUUAUCGUCCUUUAACUUAUCGCUCCGAUCGGCUACGCUCACGCACGUUGCCGAUUUUAGCUUAAGCUUACGCUCAUACGUUGCGUGAUAUCGAUCGUGAUCCACGAUCUCGAGCGUGUAACUUCGCUCCGAGUUGCGCCAACAGUUGUCGUUUGUCACACCCGACGUAUCAAUACAAUCCCGAGCGUGGAACUUGCGUCUCGCAAACUCCGGCCCGCCGUCGAACCAUCUUACAUGUUACUUUUACUAGAUAACAAAUUUUAUUACUGUUUUACCCGAUACACAUUAGUCUACUGCGCGUUAUCGCUGUUUUAUUUUAACAUUCUCGAUUUUUAUUUGCGCCGAUUGUGUUAUUUAAACGGGAAUAUAAUAAUAAAUUGUGUUAUUUAUUCUA